GGACACCUGCUCACACACACACAAACACACGAUGGACGGAGACACUAGAGGACCACGCGCCGGAGGGUGACGUCAUCCCCAUCGAACCGCCUCGCGCCCCGGUACCGUCAUGGCUCGGACUGGGUCCGGGUCCGGGACUCUCCUUUCCCGCCGAAACAUCAAACUGGACUCGUUCCUGAAGCGGAACCUGGAGCGGCGCGAGUACGAGCGCAUCCGCGCGCACGAGCCGUGCGUGGUGACGUCAGAGACCGUGAACAAGGUCUACAUGCACGCGGUGCUGAGCGAUGAGCGCGUGUAUGUCACCGAGCACGCGCCGCGCACGCUCACCGUGGCCGUCAGCUUUAGGCGCGUGCGCGACAUCGAGUUGGUCAACGACCUUCCAGGUUUCCUGAGUGGAAAAGACCGUGAACACAGUCAACACGUGAGAAUCAUCUACGUCACCAACAAGCCUGCUGACAAGGGACGUGAUUGGUUGAGGAGAGACAAAGGGGUAGGGUUUCCUCGUGUAGCCCCGCCCUUUCGCAGAAACAGUCACAGUCCAUCAACAACGCUCACGUUUGAAGGAUAUCCUGCAGAGAGUGAACGUUUGAAAUCCUCUCGUUCGGCUUCUUGUCCAAACUCGGACUCUCUGAGUCUGGUGAAGAUUCCUCGCCCUCCCACCAGCUCAGCCACGCCUCUGCCGCCCCCUGCAGGAGUGCGCGCGCAGGUGCCACGGUGGAGCGCUUCAGUUCUGUCGCGUGAGGAGGGGGAGUGGGCGGAGCGGGAGGAGAGGGAGGCGGAGCUUCAUCUGUAUGCCGUGUCACAGUCGUCCAGACUUUACCUGCAGCUGCAGAGCGCGUGGAACAGAUUCAUCAUCAGGUCCACUCUGUUGUUGGACCCUCUCUACAGAAGAAAGUGCGGCUCUUACUCCGACUCUACCCCUGGAAAAUGGCGUCCUGCUCUCAGCUGGGCGUGGACGUGUCACCUGUUUGAUCAGCUGACCUCAGAGCUGCUGCAGGACAGUAACAGUGUGGACCGAGUGUUUCUGCUGCUGCAGGAGCUGAAGACGGCGGCUCAUGGGAACGUCUCUCUGGUGUCUCUGUUCUGGAGGUCUGAGUUGUGUGUUUUCCUGGUUCAGACUCUGGAAGAAUCUCUUCACACUCAGAGUCUGAGUGGAGUCAACACUGAAGACCAGAUCCUACUGAGGACGGUGAUCGUGGAGACGCUCGUCGUCAUGUUCUCAGAGACCCAGAGAGAAGCUGUGAGACUCAACACACUCUGUGCUAACAACGGUGCUCUGGCCUCCAGGAUGCUCCUCGCUGUGAUCUGUGAUCCUCAUCAACAAUCACAGAGUUCAGAGGUCAGCUCAGAGGUCAGCUCAGAGGUCAGCUCAGAGAUUCAGGUUUUACUGUCCGAGUACCUAGACGCCGCCUGCUGGCUGCUCUUUGAACUGCUGCUCCUGGGUCUGGAGACGAGCAGGCGUUUCUCCGCUGAUGACUUCCUGUCCGUGGCUUGGAUCCUGCGCGUCCUCAAAACUCAUCCCCACCUGCUCUCCUUCAUCACGCACCAGGCUCAGCAGGUGGUGCUGGUUCUGUCUGGCCCACAGGGGGCGGUGCUGAGCCCCGUGCAGUCUGUCCUGCUGUUCCAGCGCUGUCGCCUCCUGCUGGCCUGUCUGCAGCACGACGGCGCGCUGACUCAGCACGUUCGAUCACAGCUGAGGGAGGAGUUCAGAUACUUGGUGAAGCCGUCGUGCGUCAAGGAGAAGUUGUCGCCUCGUUUCCCGAUCACGUCGCCGACUCUGCGUCUGGUCGACAACUUCCUGUCGCUAAUGCGACAAAUAUGAUACGAACACACAAUCACAGAAGGACUGUGUGCCUUUAAACAAACACAUCAGGGUUAAUGUGUGUUUAUGUGUGUGUUUGUUUCACAGCACUUAGGAAUAUUAACUCUAAGCUCUGUUAGCUUAGCUCGCUGCCGUGUAGCUGCCCCUCAUUCACUGUAACACUGAAAUAAAAGUCUGUCGUCAUCGUU